AUGAAGCAGAAGGAUCUUGCCGACUCACUGGAGAAAGACUGCCCCCAGGGAAAUUUUAAUCUUAUUUUAAACAGUUAUUUAUCAUAUUUCCUCUUUUCAGAUGAAUCCAAAAAAAUAGCCCAGCAGGAACUGAAAACUCAUCUGAAGAAGCAGUUUGAACGCAUAUUUGAAGGUUUAGCAAAGCAGGGCAACCAAACCCUUUUGAAUGAUAUCUAUACAGAGCUCUACAUCACAGAGGGGGGAAGUGGGGGGGUCAAUAAUGAACACGAGGUCAGACAGAUUGAGACAGCAUCCAAGAGACAAACCACACAGGAGACUGCAAUCCUCUGCAAUGACAUCUUUAAGCCUUUACCUGGACAAAAGAAACCCAGAACUGUGCUUACAAAGGGCAUCGCUGGCAUUGGGAAAACCGUCUCUGUGCAGAAGUUCAUUCUGGACUGGGCAGAAGGAAAAGCCAAUCAGGACAUUGAUUUAAUCUUCACUCUUCCUUUCCGAGAUCUGAAUUUGAAGAAGGAAAGAGCAUUCAGUCUAAUGCAACUUCUGCAGCACUACUUUCCACAGCUGAAAGAGAUCAAAAGUGUUGAAGGUGAUGAAGUCAAAGUUUUAUUUAUCUUUGAUGGUCUGGAUGAGUGUCGACUUCCUCUAAAUUUCCGAAGCAAUAAGAAGUGCUGUGAUAUAACAGAGGCAUCAUCAGUGGAUGUGCUGCUGACCAAUCUCAUUAAGGGGAAUCUGCUUCCCACUGCUCUCCUCUGGAUCACCUCCCGACCAGCAGCAGCCAAUCAGAUCCCUCCUGAGUGUGUCCACCAGGUGACAGAGGUACGAGGGUUCAAUGACCCACAGAAGGAGGAGUACUUCAGGAAGAGAAUCAGAGAUCAGAACCUGGCCAGCAGUAUUAUCUCACACAUAAAGUCAUCCAGGAGUCUCUACAUAAUGUGCCACAUACCAGUCUUCUGCUGGAUUUCUGCUACUGUUCUGGAGACAAUGUUGGGUAAAGCAGAGAGUGGAGACCUACCCAAAACGCUGACUGAAAUGUACACACACUUCCUUCUCAUUCAGACUAAUGUGAAGAAUCAGAAGUAUCAUGGCACUGAUGAGACAGACCCAAAGAAGAUGUCAGCAUCAGAUACACAAAUCAUCCUGAAACUGGGGAAGCUGGCUUUUCAACAGCUGGGAAAGGGCAAUCUGAUAUUCUAUAAAGAGGACCUGAGAGAGAGUAGCAUUGAUGUUAGUGAAGCUUCAGUGUACUCUGGGGUGUGCACAGAGAUCUUUAAAGAGGAGUGUGGGUUGUAUCAGGAGAAGGUCUACUGCUUUGUGCAUCUGAGCAUUCAGGAGUAUCUGGCUGCCUUGUUUGUGUUUCAUUCAUGUGUAAAUGAGAACAGAAAUGUACUCAGAGCAGAAGAAUCAAAACCUCACAGUGACAGAGUGCAGCUGUCUGAGUUACACAGGAGUGCAGUGGAUCAGGCCUUAGAGAGUAAGAAUGGACACCUGGACCUUUUCCUCCGAUUCCUUCUUGGCCUCUCUCUGGAGUCCAUUCAGUCACUCUUAGGAGGAAUAUUGACAGAGACAGGAAGCAGAUCAGAGAGCAUUGAGAAAACAGUCCAGUACAUUAAGGACAGGAUCAGAGAAGAGUCUUCAGCAGAGAGGAUCAUCAAUCUGUUCCACUGUCUCAGUGAACUGAAUGACAACUCUCUAGUGCAGGAAAUCCAGAAUUCCCUGAGAUCAGGAAAACUUUCUGAUAAAAAGCUGGAACCAGACCAGUGUUCAGCUCUGGCCUUUGUGUUACUGAUGUCAGAGGAGAUCCUGGAUGAGUUUGACUUGAAGACCUACAACACAUCAGCAGCAGGUCAUCAGAGACUGCUACCAGUAAUCAGGAGCUGCAGGAAGGCCAAACUGAACAACUGUGAACUCACACAGAAGUGCUGUAAUAUUGUGGCCUCAGCUCUCCAGUCAUCAAACUCACCCCUGAGAGAUCUGGACCUCAGCUACAAUAACCUGGGAGAUUCAGGAGUGGAACUGCUCUGUGCUGGAUUGAGGAGUCCAAACUGUAAACUACAGAGACUGGGACUGAACAACUGUGAACUCACACAGAAGUGCUAUAAUAUUGUGGCCUCAGCUCUCCAGUCAUCAAACUCACCCCUGAGAGAUCUGGACCUCAGCUACAAUAACCUGGGAGAUUCAGGAGUGGAACUGCUCUGUGCUGGACUGAUGAGUCCAAACUGUAAACUACAGAGACUGGGACUGAACAACUGUAAACUCACAGAGAAGUGCUGUAAUGUUGUGGCCUCAGCUCUCCAGUCAUCAAACUCACCCCUGAGAGAUCUGGACCUCAGCUACAAUAACCUGGGAGAUUCAGGAGUGGAGCUGCUCUGUGCUGGAUUGAGGAGUCCAAACUGUAAACUACAGAGAAUGGGGUGAGUAGUGCUGUGUACUGUGUGAUCUUAGCUAAAUAGAAUUUGUGAUUAUGGUUCUAUUCAGUGAAAUAUUAAAAAGCUCUUUCUCUCUCAGUUUACUCCUCUGUCCACCAGCAUUCUUUCUUUGCCCAUAUAUACCUUACUCCUCUAUCACAACAA